UAUAUACUGGACCAAAAUAAGUCAACUUUCACCUCCGAUUUUCAUCGCCUGAGAUUCCUCCUACACAACAUGGAAACCAUCGGCCAGCCCAACCCAAUCACCGGCCGCCACGUUGUGGCCAUGCCUUUCCCCGGCCGCGGCCACAUCAACCCCAUGAUCAAUCUCUGCACCCUCCUCAUCCCCUCUCCCAGAAUCUCAACCAUCACCUUAAUCCUCACCGAAGAGUGGCUCGGCUUGGUCAGCCACCACCUCCCACCGGCCGCCGCCUCACCCAAGCUUCGCCUCCGCUCCAUUCCCAACGUCCUGCCCUCCGAGCGGACUCGCGGAGCCGACUUCUCGGGAUUCUCGUUCUACAGAGCCGUUGACAUCGAAAUGGAAGCCCCGUUUGAAGAGUUGCUGCUGACUGAUGAUCUACGGCCGGUUUCGUGCAUCGUAUACGAUGUUUUUUUGCGGUGGGUGCCUGGGGUGGGAAGCCGGCGGAAUAUCCCGGUGGUGGGGUUCUGGACCCAGGCGCCCUCGAUGUUUUCUGUGUAUUACCAGUUUGACCUUAUUGCUGAUCGUGGACAUGCCCCGAUUAAAGACAACUCACGAGGAAAAGAGCAGGAGAUCAUAGACUACCUUCCCGGGGUCCCACCCAUGCGCUUGACGGACCUACCAAGCACCAUACUCCACCCCACUCAAACCCUCAACGUAAUUCUUGAAGCCUUCUCUCUCCUAACCAAAGCCCAAUCCAUCAUCUUCACUUCAUACUAUGAGCUCCAGCCCAAUGUAAUAAGUGCCCUAAGGCCCAAUCUCCCAAUGCCCAUCUACACCAUUGGGCCUUCCAUCCCUUUCUUAUCACUAAAAACCUCUAAUAUCAAUGAGGCGGGCUACACGAAGUGGCUCGACUCCCAGCCUGAAGCUUCUGUCUUGUAUGUAUCCUUGGGAAGCUUCUUGUCACCAUCAACAGACCAGAUGAAGGAGCUUUCCUCGGGCUUACGAGCCAGCGGGGCUCGAUACCUGUGGAUCGUUCGAGCAAAUCAGGAGUCGAGCUUUAGAGCAGCAUGUUGCGAGGAGAAGGGUUUUACGGCGCCUUGGUGCGACCAGUUGAGGGUUCUCUGCCAUCGUUCGGUUGGCGGGUUCUUGACUCACUGCGGGUGGAAUUCGACCAUGGAGAGCGUUUUUGCGGGCGUUCCGAUGCUUGCCUUGCCGUUGCGUUCGGAUCAGGUUCACAACAGCAAGAUAAUAGCGGAGGACUUGGGAGUUGGGGUGAGAUUGAAGAGGGUGGUUGGUUUGGAAAAUGUUAUUGGGAGAGAGGAAAUUGCAGAGACUGUGAAGAGGUUUAUGGAUUUGAACGAAGAAGAGAGUAAGGAAAUGAGAAGAAGAGCUAAAGAACUCCAAGAAACUUGUCACAGGGCUGUUGAAGCUGGUGGAUCAACUGAUGCUAAUGUCAAUGAUUUUCUUGAAAGCCUAGGCAAUAUUACAAGUUAGUACUGGCCGGUACGACUUUUUAGAUUUCGUUUUGUCAGGGUGCAAAUGGAGGAAAUCGCUGCCGGGCGUGCUUCAAGAGCGGCUUGCGGUAGUACUUGUGGAGAAUUUAGUAAUCAAUUCUUGCCUUGGAUGAUAUUCGACUCGUUGACCUCUUAGUAGAGAAUUUAGUAAUCAAUUCUUGCCUUGGA